GAUCCUUUAGACUGGAGUAUGUCUGAUGUUCAAACCUGGUUGAUAUGGGUUACACUAGAACUUUCUCUUCAAAGUUUUGAUUUGACGAAAGUUUCUUACACAGGUAGGCAGUUGAUUGAACGGGGGAGAUCAAGCUUUUUGAAGCUUCUACCUGAAUCCAUCAGUGAUGUCGUCUGGGAACAUUUUCAAAUUCUCGUUAAA